UUUCUUUCAAAAAUCAAUUGGAAAUUGUCGAUUGCGAUUACUGUUUCAUCAACUCAGUUAUUAAUUAGCAAUUUCAAGUUUGCAGAGUUUGAAUUGGGCGAUGUAGUAAAUAGGCCUUGGCUGCUCUGUGUUAACGUUUGCUCUGUUUGGCGCCGCGGUCGUCGUUCGUUCCUUUUACUGGUUCGUUACUAGACAAAUGGAAGUGCGUUGUUUGGCUGUUUGCCUCGUCGGGCGCCAUUGUUGUUGAAAAAAUUACGUGAAAAAUUGGUUCGUUGGCAAAAUUGAUAUAUAAAAGUGAUGAAAGUGUGAACUGUUGAUUAUGCGUGACUUGCUGAUCAAUAAAUUGCCGGUCAGUGCAUGACUAGAAGGAAGAAAUGAGUGGUGUAAUGUUGUGAGGUGCGUUUCCGCUAAGUUUGCUCGGAUGAACUGGGUAUAAACUACGUCUAUAAGAAAUGGAAUUACACUCCUUUAAUCACGUGUGAAAUAAGUGUAUCAUAUUUAUUUCGAAAGGACGUUUUGUUUAUAUUCGUUGAAUGGAAAAGGAUAAACACAUUCCAAAUUACAUCGACUUGUGAGGAACUAAUUGCAAACUGUACAUUUUUAAAAGGAAAAAAACCGGGAAUCAUAACGAGAAAUUCGUGAAUAGUGGCCAACUUACCACAGCUGUUAAUAAACGCGUUUCAUGAACAUAUUAAUAGGAUAGUGAUCAAGUUACUCUGCUUUUUUUAAUAACAUACAUUUGUUUGUGACAUGAAAGAGUUUUUCAUAAACACUGGAUGAAUGGGAUUGCGUACAGCCUCGGUGAGGCGUUCCGAGGUGGUCAUGGCCCCAGCCUUAACCGAGACAACAGAAUCGCAAAAUUUUAAGCUGGCCCCCAAAAAUCAUUUUCAGUUGGCAACCCCAAUAAACAACUUAGAGGAGAAGAAUACUUUCUGCUUGGACAAGCAUAGCAAGUAUUUUGACGAGGAUGAUAAGAGUAUCAAGUUUAAUGGUAUAGAGAAUGGGUGUAAGAUAUAUGAUAACUUUGAACCAAAAAAAGCUCUAAGUCGAAGAAAUUCGGAAAUUUUAGAAGAAGCCUCGGAAAAUUGUACAAAACUUACAUUGAAUAUAAUGAAUAAUAGCUCACCAUCUAUGGGCGACCAAGAAGACAAAAUGGGCAUUCAAAAUAUGGAUUUAGAGACUGUUACAAUGUUGCAUAAAACAAAAAAUGUUUCAAAUGACGUUGAGCAGUUUCUGCAUAACCUGAGUUCAGAGUUACCUCCAAAUGACUGUUCCGGGGGUGAAAUACCAACAAAUGUCGACGAUAUAAUGCAAGUUAUAACAUCAAUGGAAGGUGGAAGUGAUAGAUUAGGCUCUGUGGCAACUAGUUUGAACGAUGAAGACUUUCCCAUUUCUGCCGGAGACUUGGCUCGUGAUUUGGCUUCUAGCUUAUUGUCCUUUGAAAAACAACUUCUGAAUGAUGUUGAUAUGAUGAAUAUGUCUAUAGAAGAUCAACAAGAUUGUGAAACAUCAGAAAGCAUUAAAGAAUUGCAGACAAAGGAGUUGAUAGCGGAAGCUCAGAAAAAACAAAUUGAAGUUCAAAGAAGACUAGACUUCUUGAAGAGACGUGUUUUAAAGGUUCAAUCUCGAAUAAUGGGACAGCAUGUGAGUGGAGAAAUAGCUGGUGUCUUCGAACAUGUUCAACGUUCGUUGAAAAGGUUGAAAGAUACUACUGUACAGGAAAACAUCAAUUCAUUAGAUAUUUCAUCAACGCCAAAUGCUUCUCUCCCUUUGCCAUUAUCAGAAACGCCGUUGGAAAAGGUGAUCAAGCCGAUGUCUCAAAGUUCUGCGAAGGUUUUAGUGAGGAAAUUGGAAGCAUCUUCAGUUAUUCAAGCUAACUCAGCAGCAAGACAGAAACAAGUUCCCAAGUAUUUUGGCUCGGGAUCCAUUGAACCGGCAACGUUUCGGACAAGUGUAUCUGGUCUGGUUGCGAUUCCCCCAUGGACACCUGAACAUAAACAGGAACUGCAAAAAGUUUCGGGUACACUCAAAUCUCAGUUACGGAUUGUGCAGUCAGAAAUUGAUUCUGAAGCAACAGACAGUAGUUCUGGUGGUGAAAGUUGUGAUGAAUUUCAGAAUUAUAACAAUCAGCAUCAGCAGUAUCUUAGCAUACAAAAACGAGCCUUAUGGAAGUACUCGACGGACCGGGCGGCGAUAGCGUCUCGUUGGACGUGGCUGCAGGUGCAGAUAUCGGACCUGGAGUACCGGAUCCGACAGCACACGGAGCUCCAACGUCAGAUACGCUCCACGAAGGGAAAGGUGACGUUGGACGGCCCCGAUCCCGUGUGUCCCGCGAGCCCGCCCGCCUCCCCGGCCGCCCUGAACGGGUAUCGCGGACAGCUGCCGGGCGCGUCCACGUCGGCCGACGCGUCCUCCAAACCUUCGCGGUCCGACGACGCAACGACCGCCGAUCCGACCGUUACCUCCACGACGACGACCGAGUAUCAGUGCGCGAGGACUAGGCCACUGGUGAAUUUCCGCAAGCGGAAGUUGCUGCAGACGGGCGGACUGCACGUCAUCUCGAAGAAGGCGGCGCGGCCGAGCACGGUGCGGUGCGGCUGUCCGGUGCCGGUCGCCCAUUGCGCGUUGUGCACGGGUCGCGCGGAUCCCACGCAUCCGCGCGACCAGCCGGAGGUGCUGAGCACGCCCGAGAAGGUGGCCCUUCUGGAUCCCUCCUAUCAUCCGGUGUUGUCGACGACUGAAGAUGUAUCCGAGGGUGUGCACUUGGAAGCCAUCAUGAAGAUGCCGGAGUGGCAGCAGAGGAGCGUCCGAAUGAAGACCAUGAAAGGCUACGCCAAGGGCGAGAGGUUGGACAAGACCUUGCUGGAUCAUCGUUCGAAGAAAUUGGAACAUCGAAAGAAGUACGGGAGGUUGCUGAAGCCCAGUACGAUAUCCGCCCUAACAGCCAAGAUCAAGAGCAAGAUCCGCGGGCGAAAGUCGAGCCGCCACCUGAACCGGCUCGGCAGGAAGAGGCUGCACUCGGCGGGCGUGCGAACCUCCCAGAUGCAAUCGUCCAACGACGGCCUGGACGACGAGGUGGAAUCGCUGAGCAACAGCGGCGCGUUUCCGCGAUCCGCGGGCGAGUCGCCCAGCUCGUCGCCCCUGCUGCACAUGCAGACCAUAAGCGGCCUGAACAAGAAGAACAGGGUCAAUUCCUACGACAUCGACAACAUCGUGAUACCGUACAGCGUGGCCGCGUCCACCAGGGUCGAGAAGUUGCAGUACAAGGAGAUCCUCACGCCCAAGUGGCGAAUCGCUGACGACGUGUGCAUCAAGUAUGAUUACAAGAACAACGGUACCAUCAAGGAAGCGGACGAUGAUAACGACACCGAGGACCUGUCCGAGGAGGCCGUCAUCCUCCGUCACGACAAGUGCGAGCAGGACGAGCGCAAGAAGUUCCUCAGCUACCUCAAGGUGCCGGUCGGCUACGGACGCGCGCGCUCCCACAAGCGCACCGACAGCCGGGCGGAAUCGAGCGACACGAACACGCCCGAUCCGAUGUCGCCGCAUCCCGCCGACGGCCACGAGGCGCCGAAGGACGGGGGCGGCGGCUCGCCGAUGGCGAGCCCGCCGCCGACGCCGGCGCAGGACGAGCCGGCCGCGCCGCCCGCCCACCACAUACCGUCGAUCAGCGUGCUGCGCAGGAGGACGUUCUCGCGGGGCGUCGGCGCGGCCGCCAAGGACAAGGAGGCGGCGGCCAGGGAGGAGAACCGGUGCAACACGCCCGACCAUCCGGAGGUGCAGCCGUUCGAGAGGAGGUGCUUCCCCCUGGACGAUCAGGUGUACGACGACAUGGUCAAGAGCAUGCCGGAGGAUCAUCAGCAACUGAGAACCAACGUCCAAUCCCAAGACACGCACGAAGAUUGCGACAGCGCUUCCGGCGGCGUCGGAGGCGGUUACAUCGACUCGAAGGUCGGAUCGCCCGGUAGCGAAUCGACGGAGUCUGCGCUGGCCGACGAGGAUCCGAACGAUCCCGAAUGGAUCGACGUCGAGCGGACGUCCAGAGAGCGUCAAAGAAGAUAAGAUAAACGUCAUCGGGUCUCGGUAUGACGAGUUCGAUUUUCUUUUUUUCCCCCCACCCUUCUCACCACCACCCCCCCCAA